AGAUACCUGAUUCUGAGGUCGUUUACUCUUCGAUUAUUUUCGUUUUACUUUUAAGUUUGUGUAAGAUCUAGUUACUUUAUUGUUGAAUGCCUAAGUAGGUUGUUAAUUAAAUUCACUGUCAGUUUUAUUGAAUUUUGAUACCAGACAAAGUAAAAUUUGUUGGUUUCAUUGAAAAAAAUGAGGAUGAUCGGCCGCCCAAAUCAAAUCUUGUCAGCCUCUAAGAGCAUCAAUUCCCUGUUGAAGAAUCCUGCAGUCACUCAAAUUUGUCUCAGAAAUGAAUCUACCAAAAUCCAAUCGGCACCUCAAGACUCAAAUGUAGAAGAAAAACCAUAUCGUCCAUAUUCUCCAUUUCAAAAGACAAAUAAUAUGGCUGAAUAUGCUGUAGCUCGUUUGGAUGAUGUCUUGAACUGGGGCCGUAAGCACUCCCUCUGGCCUUUAACUUUUGGAUUGGCAUGUUGUGCUGUUGAAAUGAUGCACAUUGCUGCUCCUCGAUAUGAUAUGGAUCGAUAUGGUGUUGUAUUUCGUGCAUCUCCUCGUCAGGCUGAUCUUAUAAUAGUUGCUGGAACAUUGACCAACAAAAUGGCACCAGCAUUGAGAAGAGUUUACGAUCAAAUGCCUGAUCCAAAAUGGGUUAUUUCCAUGGGAAGUUGUGCAAAUGGUGGUGGUUACUAUCAUUAUUCAUAUUCAGUUGUGAGGGGAUGUGAUAGGGUUAUUCCAGUCGACAUUUAUGUACCAGGUUGUCCACCAACUGCAGAAGCGUUGAUGUAUGGUAUCCUACAGUUGCAGAAAAAAAUAAAAAGAAUGUCACUUGCCCAGAGUUGGUAUAGAAAGUAAUUUUUAUCUUAUAUGAUUAACCAUUAUAUCAAUGGUUUUGUGUAUUACAUCUUUUAUCGUUUGUAAAAAUAACAUUACCUAUGAAACGCUUAAUUGUGUUAAACAAUAUAGAUAAUAGCUUAGUAUUGCAAAAUAAAUCAUAAAUUUGAAUUGUA